CCGCGUCUCUAUGAUAGAGCCGGCCUGGGAGGCGGCAACGGCGGUGGCGGCUGUGGUGAGGUGAAGUGAGAGGUCCAACUUUCUUACUGGACUGAGAGGUUUUGGCCGCGGAGGGUCGCGAUGUCAGAGAAAAAACAGCCGGUAGACUUGGGUCUGCUGGAGGAGGACGACGAGUUCGAGGAGUUCCCUGCAGAAGACUGGGCUGGUUUAGAUGAAGAUGAAGAUGCACAUGUCUGGGAGGAUAAUUGGGAUGAUGACAAUGUAGAGGAUGACUUCUCCAAUCAGUUACGCCCAUACUGUCCUCUACACCUGAGCAGAAGACAAAGAUGAUUCAUAUGAAUAAGCUCUGGCCUUAAUAUUAUUCAUGGACUUUAGAGCUGAACUAGAGAAACAUGGUUAUAAGAUGGAGACAUCAUAGCAUCCAGAAGUACUGAAGCAACCUAAACUUGAACUGUUUACUAAAUUCUAGAGCAGAGAACCCAGCAUGGGACACUUAAAAAAUGUUUAUUUCAUUACCUCCUUGGAUUUAUUUUUGUUUUUGUAACACAAAAAAUAAAUGUUUUGAUCUAA